UGCUUAGUCACUCAAGCUUCCCCGUUUCCGGGCACGUUUGUAUGGCGAUGGACACUGAUAGAACCGGUGUGUUUCUGGCCACCGGCAGUUCGAAGUGUGAUCUUCCUCGGAGCAGUUGCAAUUUUUCUUCUCCCGUUCGAGUUCCUCCACUCUUUAGGCCGUCGAGUCAGUUGGGCAGCUAUUGCAACCAUGAAGCUAGUAGUUAUCUUGGCGCUGUGCAUCGCCAAAGGCGCAAUGUCCGCACCAGCGGUGGCCAAGCGUGGACUCACUGAAUCGGAGACCACUGAGGUGCUGAAGCAGAUGGAAGUGGAUGCGAACAAAGCUGUUGAGAAUGACGCAGACAGUGAUGGAAUCUCCUCCUUGUUUGACGAGUUGAACUUCGAAUUCAGCGAGACUGUGAACAAGAUGGAACACAACAAUGACCAAGCUGUUCUCUCCAUGACCAACCUUGAUGCCAAUCUUGAUGAUGACGAUUCUAUCAUCAACUUCAUCAACGACCACGCCAACAAUGGCAAUGGUGACCAGCCAGUAGAUGAGACAGGACAUCCGGACCUGAUGAGCGAAGAGGAACUUGCUAAGAUUGCAUUUGGUGAGGAUGAGAGUGAGUCGUUGGCCGCUGCCGGUCUUGAUGCUGAAAGCCUGGUCGAUGAGACCGCGACUGAUGGUGAGACCGAUGCCAGCACUAGGCGCCGCCGCAGUGCACAGGAAGCUGCCGAUGAGGAUGCUGCAGAGAUGCUGGCAGAUCUGCAACUGGACAACAAUGACGAAACCCAGGACAUCGAAGGUGAUGGCAUCUCCACUCUAUUCGACGAGAACUUUGACGUGGGCAAAAUGGCUGCAGCAGAAAUGGACCACAACGUGGAGGAGGCUGUUUUCUCAAGCGAUGCCAACUUUGACGAUACGGACAGCAUCAUGGAUUUUGUCAAUGACCAUGCCAACAAUGGUAACAUGGAGAUGACUGAGUUUAUGAAAGGUCAGGAUCAGGUUGAAUCAGAGCUUGGGCCCAGCGAGGAAGAGCUUGCAAAGAUUGCUUAUGGUGAGAUUGACGAUGAGGAAGCCAAACUAGCCAACGGUGAGCAUGACCUGAACGCAGCCGAGCAAGCAGUGGUCAAUGGUGAAGAGGAGACAGCAGCAGCUGCCAAUGCUGUUGAUGCCAACCAGGCAGAGGAGGACAACAGCGACGAUAUCAGCUACUUGGACGAGCUGCAAACAUCCACAGAAGACGACAGCCAGGCAAAGGCAGAGGUGCAUGCUGUAAGAGCUGCUAAGCCGGCGGCAGCCCAUGCCGAGGCAACUUCAAGUGAUCAUGAAGAACUCAUGCAACUCCGCGAAGCAAUGAACAGUGCCGUGGACGAUGCGGAGGAAACUGAUAACACUGCCGAAGAGAAGAACCUCCUCUCGAUCGGAAUGGAAGAAGCCCAGGAGAAAAACGCUGCCAUGGACAGCAACUUGGACAGGUUGCUCGAACUACAGGAGCUGAACAGCAGAAAGUAAACUGAAUGGUCAGCAUUGCUCAGCUUUUGGCCGGAUCUGCUUCCCUCACACCAUGCUGAAUGCUGAAUGGUGAAUGCAUCUAGCUUCUGCAUACUCAGUACAUGUCACAGCCUGCAGUACACCCCCCCCCCCCCCCCACACACACUCAACAAACAAGCCAUAGUCCGGCUUACUGCACGCAUGCUUUCCCAAUCCCCUGCACCAGUUUGCCACGCAAGUCACAGCUCCAGUGCAAUUCACUAAAACACGGCUGAUUACAAUAUCACACUAUUCCUCAA